AUGGCCAUGAAAAUAAGGAAUUCAUUUCAAAUGUGUGCGUACAUAGUAGUAGUUGCAGGAACAGUUUUAGUGUAUAAUCCAGAUCAUUCAAAUGGUGCUCAGUACUUGGUAGGAGGGGAGAACUACAAGUGGUCUAUCCCUCUAACCAAUGACUUCUACACUAAUUGGUCUUCCUCUCACUCUUUCGUCGUCGGCGACACUCUGUUGUUUGACUAUGAUCCAGAGCUUCACAACUUGUUCCAAGUAUCGGGGCGUGAGUUUAAAGCCUGCACUGCAGAUCAACCUUUCAGUGUUUACACUGGUCCAGCAAAUGUUCUUCUAAUGGAGGAAGGUGUCUUUUAUUAUGUCUGUACCAUUUUAAACUAUUGUUCCCUUGGCCAAAAGCUUAUGGUUGCUGUUGAAGAACGUCGACCUUCACCUCCACCGGCUGCUUCUCCAGGCUCUCCAGCGCCAGCUGCCUCUGUGCUGCUGCUGAAUUAA